AUGGGCGACCAGUCCGCUCAAUCGUCAGAAAACGAUCCAGAUUCCCUUAACAAGAACCAAAAGCCGGCACCAAAGUCAUCUAGCAUCCAACACCUAUCAAUCGAUACUAGUUACCGCGCCCAGACGCCUCCAGCCAACAUAUCGUUCUCUGAGGCUUUCAAGGCCGAUUACAAUAUCACGAUGAAAGACCUUGCAACCAUUCAGGAUAACCAGAGGAUAGCCAAAUUUUUCUACCUGUGGUUUCCUUUACACGAGGACGACUUGGAGUAUGUCAGGAUGGCGGCGUUCUUGGAGGAAAAUGGUGUGACAAUCCUAUCGAAUCGCAAGGCAGAUGAUUGGAGCAAGUUCGUCCACAACAUUAAGGGCGGCAGCGUUGCUGUGUUUCACGAAUCGUUUUCGGAUUAUAGCUCUCUCAAGCUUCCUAUCCGCUAUGCGUUGCGUAACCCUUCACUAAACUUCUGGAGUGCUCGUCUUGCAAGACCUCUGGAGCAUCCUGAUAGACGCUACCCGACGGUCGGUGAACAUUUCCAACGUCUAUUCCCUUACGGUUCUGCGAUCUUAGUCACUCCGGAUGUCCUUCUCGCAGAUUUGAAGGGGACUGCGGUGCUUCUGAAGUGGUUUUGGUACUCUCGAAUACAAAAGCCUGGCACCUCCAAGCUUCUGUUUCCCCCUAACAUCCUAGAGUGGAUCGAGACGAUUCUCACUACAGAGAACAGGGACCAGACCAAGGAUAUUCUGUACGUUGAAUCCAUCCAUUCAUUACAACUAAGCUCUCUAACAGCCUCGCUAUCUAGGUGGUUAACGAUCCUUGCUUGGAUCAAGAAGAAUAAUUCCGUCGACCCGGAUCUGCGACGGUUCUGGCCUAGUAGCUUGGACACUCGGUACCUCGACAGACCCAACAACAAUGUCCUUUCGUUCCCCAUGCACGCAUAUGGCCCACAAUUCAAAGAGGCACAACCGUCUGCUCCUGAGGAUAAACAAUGCGUCAACAACCUGAUCGAAACAUUUGCGGGUUGGUGUCUGGUCCACGCAGCACGCUUCCGGCGCUUUGUUAUCAUCACUUCGGGACCACAGCAGAAGCGAACUGAUAGCUGGGGACAUGUCGAGUUUUUCAACCUCAAGACGUUCUACGAGACGUUUAAGGUCGACUACCAGCGUCUCUAUCAGGAGAUUAAAGGAGAGGCGAAGCAGGCCUCUGAUUCUUCCACCUCUAUCACAUCCAAGCAGAGCCAUUAG